ACGGUUACGUUUGAUCUAUGCUUCGAUGAUGAUAAUCGUGAUAGACAGGAAGACAACACUAAGGGAGAUUUAAUGUGCCGUAUAAGGUUUAUUGUUGCAUAAGUGUCACGAGGCUAAUACGGGGCGCAUGCUUCGUCGUAGCCUAAAACUGGUGCGUGAGCCAAGAGUAUAACUGGCAGAUUCGCACAACGGCGCAAUUUGUGUUUAGAGGAGAUUCAUUACCAGCUUCAUCUAAACGCUCUCAUAGGUUCGAUUUUUAGUGUUGAGAUCAAACUAUCGUCUUUUGUUUUUUAUACUCCUCUAUCUUUCUUUAUUUCUCUUCAACCUACAUUAUUUAUUUUACAUCUACAUUUUUUUGCACAAAAUGCGCGAGUGCAUUUCUAUUCACGUAGGACAAGCUGGAGUUCAAAUUGGAAAUGCUUGUUGGGAGCUUUAUUGUUUGGAACAUGGCAUACAACCAGACGGUCAAAUGCCAUCUGAUAAAUUGUUAGGAGGAGGAGAUGAUAGCUUUAAUACAUUUUUCAGCGAAACUGGGUCAGGCAAACAUGUGCCUAGAGCAGUGUUCGUUGACCUUGAACCUACCGUUGUAGACGAAGUACGAACAGGAACGUAUCGUCAACUUUUUCACCCGGAGCAAUUGAUAACGGGUAAAGAAGAUGCCGCUAAUAAUUAUGCUCGUGGCCAUUACACAGUCGGCAAGGAGAUAGUCGACGUUGUUCUAGAUCGCGUGAGAAAAUUAGUGGAUCAAUGCACUGGACUCCAAGGCUUUCUCAUCUUCCAUUCGUUUGGUGGUGGGACCGGUUCUGGUUUUACCUCUCUCUUGAUGGAACGACUUUCAGUAGACUACGGAAAGAAAUCCAAAUUAGAAUUUGCCAUUUAUCCAGCACCGCAAGUUUCCACAGCUGUGGUUGAGCCGUACAAUUCGAUCUUGACCACCCAUACCACACUCGAACACUCCGAUUGCGCGUUCAUGGUCGACAAUGAGGCCAUUUACGAUAUUUGUCGUCGAAACUUAGACAUCGAGAGACCCACGUAUACAAAUUUGAAUCGAUUGAUCGGUCAAAUAGUUUCUUCGAUUACUGCCUCCUUACGAUUCGACGGUGCUCUCAAUGUCGAUUUAACUGAAUUUCAAACAAAUUUGGUACCUUAUCCAAGGAUUCAUUUCCCAUUGGUAACUUAUGCACCAGUCAUAUCCGCAGAAAAAGCAUACCAUGAACAAUUAAGCGUAGCAGAAAUUACUAAUUCUUGUUUCGAGCCAGCCAAUCAAAUGGUCAAAUGUGAUCCACGAAAUGGCAAAUAUAUGGCCUGCUGUAUGUUGUACAGAGGUGAUGUCGUACCCAAGGACGUUAAUGCAGCUAUAGCUACUAUAAAAACCAAACGUAGUAUACAGUUUGUUGAUUGGUGCCCUACAGGCUUUAAAGUAGGUAUAAAUUAUCAACCUCCCACGGUCGUACCCGGCGGUGAUUUGGCCAAGGUGCAACGUGCAGUAUGCAUGUUAUCUAAUACAACGGCUAUUGCCGAAGCAUGGGCACGAUUAGAUCAUAAAUUUGAUUUGAUGUAUGCAAAAAGAGCGUUCGUUCAUUGGUAUGUCGGAGAAGGUAUGGAGGAAGGUGAAUUUUCUGAAGCACGCGAGGAUCUCGCUGCUUUAGAAAAAGAUUAUGAGGAGGUUGGUAUGGAUACCGUUGAUGAUCCUCUUGAAGUCAGUGCAGAAUAUUAAUUUUAUAUUCGUUGUUAAUCGUAUUGUGCAUGUAGUAUUGUGCUAUAUUUGACAAUAACUUUUUGUUAUUGUCGUAUAUAAAGUCUAUUGACAGUUAA